ACGUGCCUCAGGAUGGCCUGUACUCUGGAUCCACUGGCAAAGAAGAUCUUUAAAGGAGUUUUACUAGCUGAACUUGUGGGCAUUUUUGGAGCAUAUUUUUUGUUUAAAAAGAUGAACGCAAGCCAAGAUUUCAGGCAAACAAUGAGCAAGAAAUUCCGCUUCAUCUUGAAAGUUUAUUACAAAUCCACUGAACACUCUGGAAUGUACGGAAUCAGAGAGCAAGAUCAAGAAAAGUGGCUGAACAGCAAACAUUAG